CAGCGCUAUGUUUCCGGCACGGAGCCCCCGCGCCUGUCAGGGCUGUCUGUAUCCAGCAGGGGGCGCUUGCGGCGUCGGGUUGUGUGGGCGCCGCUCGGACUUGUUGUUGGUUAAAGUUUUUCUGAGAGGGAAGAGGCGACUGUGACACGGUGUGAGGGGGUUGUGAGUCCGGGGGGGAGUGCACCGAGCGCUUUCUGUGAGUCCGGAAGCUGCUUGUGAUGUGACGGCGGCUCCGGUAAAGGGUGCUCCGUGAGCCCGAGAGGGCUGGCAUGUCGGUAGAAGUUGUGUGUCCGCCCUGCUCUUGUGUGUUGUGUAGUUUCGGAGUCCCGCCGUGUGUAUAGUUCCCCCGGAGAGCGCUUCCUGUAGUGCCUGCUUCUGUAUGUGUGCCGCCUCCGGUGUGUAGUUGUGUGGAGUGCUGCUUCGCUUGUCCCCCCCUCCACGGGGUGCGGUUGUGUAGCUGACCCGUGUCCCCCCGGUGUCUCCCGGUGGCGGGCCCCAGUUGUCUAUGAGCGCCCCCCCGGUGAUCCGGCCGCCCAGCCCCGCGGGCCCCGGCCUUUCUCUGCACAUCCAGAUCGGCCUGAGCCGGGAGCCCGUCCUGCUGCCCGAGCCUGGGGAGCUCAGCCUCGGAGCCGUCAGGGAGAUGGCCUGCUCCAUCGUGGACCAGAAGUUCCCUGAGUGCGGAUUCUACGGGAUGUACGACAAGAUCCUCUUGUUCCGACAUGACCCUAACUCCGAGAACAUCCUGCAGCUGGUAAAGUCCGAGUCUGACAUUCAAGAAGGAGAUCUUAUUGAAGUGGUGCUUUCAGCUUCAGCCACUUUUGAAGAUUUCCAGAUCCGCCCGCACUCUCUGUACGUUCAUUCGUACCGGGCGCCGGCGUUCUGUGACCAUUGUGGAGAGAUGCUGUGGGGACUUGUGAGGCAAGGGCUUAAGUGUGAGGGCUGUGGUCUCAACUACCACAAGAGAUGCGCCUUCAAAAUACCGAACAAUUGCAGUGGCGUCCGUAAGCGAAGGCUGUCCAACGUCUCACUCCCAGGCCUAUCAAGCAUCCGCACGGUGUCAUCGGAGACCUUCUCAUCAUACUCUGAGGAGCCAUUACUGCAAAAGUCUCCAUCAGAGGCCUGCGUGGGACGGGAGAAAAGAUUCAGCACCACUUCAUACUCAGGCCGACCCAUACAGCUGGACAAGAUCCUCAUGUCCAAAGUGAAAGUGCCUCACACGUUUGUCAUCCACUCCUACACCCGGCCGACCAUGUGCCAGUACUGCAAGAAGCUGCUGAAAGGGCUCUUCCGACAAGGCCUUCAGUGCAAGGACUGCAAAUUCAACUGCCACAAGCGAUGUGCCCCCAAGGUUCCUCACAACUGCCUGGGAGAGGUUGCAGCCAACGGAGAUUUAUUGAGUCCCGGAGCAGAGUCUGAUGUGGUGAUGGAGGAAGGAAGUGAUGACAAUGAGAGCGACCGGAGCAGUAGGUUAAUGGAAGACAUGGAAGAGUCUCUUACCCCAGACCCUGAGAACUCCUUGACCGGGUGCCGUGCGGAGAAUGGGGACAUGCAAGACGCUGACCAGGAUCAGGACACGUCCGACCGCAUGAUCAGUCCUUCAGCUAGUAACAACAUUCCCUUGAUGAGAGUGGUUCAAUCUGUCAAACACACAAAAAGGAAAAGCAGUAGUGUCAUGAAAGAAGGCUGGAUGGUGCAUUACACUAGCAAAGAUACCAUGAGAAAAAGACAUUAUUGGAGAUUGGACAGCAAGUGUAUAACCCUGUUUCAGAACGAUACUGGAAGCAAAUACUAUAAGGAAAUCCCCCUUUCGGAAAUAUUAUCCCUGGAGCCAGCCAGUAACCUGUCCUUACUACCCCCUGGUGCUAACCCUCACUGCUUUGAAAUAACCACAGCCAACAUUGUAUACUAUGUUGGGGAGAACCUGCCUGUGCAGAUGGCCCCGGAACAAGGAAACGGGGUUCAGACUACAGGAGCUGGGCUUGAGGUGGCACGAAUGUGGGAGAUAGCGAUUCAGCACGCUUUGAUGCCUGUCAAUCCAAAGGGAGCCAAUGGAGGAUGCAGCCAGCACCGGGAUGUAUCCAUCAGCAUUUCUGUAUCCAACUGCCAGGUGCAGGAGAACGUGGAUAUUAGCUCUGUUUAUCAAAUAUUUCCAGAUGAGGUGCUUGGGUCUGGCCAGUUUGGCAUUGUGUAUGGAGGGAAACACAGAAAGACCGGAAGAGACGUGGCCAUAAAGAUUAUCGACAAGUUGCGUUUCCCGACCAAGCAGGAAAGCCAGCUACGUAACGAGGUUGCCAUUUUACAGAAUUUACAUCACCCUGGGGUGGUGAACCUAGAGUGUAUGUUUGAGACACCAGAGCGGGUUUUUGUGGUGAUGGAGAAGUUGCACGGAGACAUGCUUGAGAUGAUCCUUUCUAGUGAGAAGGGACGGUUACCUGAGCGCAUUACUAAAUUUCUGGUCACGCAGAUUUUGGUUGCACUUCGUCAUCUUCAUUUCAAGAACAUCGUCCAUUGUGACCUGAAGCCAGAGAAUGUCCUCCUUGCUUCUUCUGAUCCUUUCCCACAGGUUAAGCUGUGUGACUUCGGCUUUGCUCGUAUCAUUGGAGAGAAGUCGUUCCGUCGUUCAGUGGUGGGGACGCCCGCUUAUCUGGCACCAGAGGUGCUAAGAAAUCGUGGUUAUAACAGGUCACUGGACAUGUGGUCCGUGGGGGUAAUAAUCUAUGUGAGCCUCAGCGGAACGUUCCCCUUCAACGAGGAUGAGGAUAUCCACGACCAGAUUCAGAAUGCAGCUUUUAUGUACCCACCAAACCCCUGGAGAGAGACCUCUCCUGACGCAAUCGACCUUAUCAACAACUUGCUGCAAGUGAAAAUGAGAAAACGUUACAGCGUGGACAAGACCCUUUACCACCCCUGGUUACAGGACUACCGAACCUGGCUUGAUCUGCGUGAACUGGAGUUAAAGAUUGGGGAACGUUACAUCACUCAUGAAAGCGAUGACCCACGCUGGGAGCACUAUGCGGGAGAUCACAGCCUCCAGUAUCCCCCUCACCUCCUGGCCCAGUCCUGUAAUGAACCGGAGGAUGCGGAGAUGAGGGCGCUGGAGGAGAGAGUUAGUAUUCUCUGAUGCUCGCAGGCAGCGUCAUAAUGUAUCUUUACACCAUUCUGUGAACAGAACAUAUGGAAAGAAGGAAAUCAUUUGGAGGGUUCAGAUGUCUACCCAAUAGUGUUCAUCAACCAGCAAUGUAAUCCUCAAAAGAAAUAUGUGGGGAUUAUCUUGGAAUGCUGCUGCAUCAGCCCCAAAUUCCUUGUGAAAAAGACUAAUGAAAACACUCCGUUGGAGUAGUCUGCAAGAAGUCUCCUCUCUUGUACCAAGGGCAAUUUCACUGUAUGGGCCAUGCAGAUUACACAUCAUAAAAACCACUCGAUCUCCUCUGUUAGGCUUACGAUGUAAGCUCCAGGGGCCUGCAGGGUAUUGUGGGUCACAUGUAAACAGUCAUUUUCAGCAGGACUCAUUUUAGCCACAUUCUGACCAAAAAUAGAAUGUUUAUACGGAUUACCUAAUCUGACAGGUGCGCGUACACGCCUUAAAUUAAGAUAGCAUGAUUGAGAAUGUUUCUCAUGAGGUCAAAAGGGAAAUGGUCUUUUCAAUUUCUUGCAGGUUACUUGAAGCACACAUCUUUUGGGGUUUCAAGUUCGCUUUAAUGCACAGCAGGCAUAAUCAGCAGUAACAAAAUGUUCCUUUUAGUCCCAAAUAGUUUGUCUCUUUCUUUCUUUUUCUUUCUACUCCAGGGGAUAAUCUGUACGUCAUGUCAUAGGUAGCUUGCAAGCCUUGUCUUCUGUGUAAAAUAUCCUGCAGCUGUUAAAAUGACCAACGAAGACCGUAGCCUGUGACUAGGACGCCUCGGGCAGGUCAGUGCAGUGAAAAUGUGGACCUGGAGGCUUUGUGGAAGGAGGCACAUAAGUUAACCCAUGUCCCUUGAACUAUACAAAUGCUACUUUGUUUCGCACUGUGGUGACAACUUACCAAGGACCAAGUGCCCUUCUCCAGGGUCAUUAAUGAGGUUUCUUUGACCUCUGUUUAUUUAGGCCCUUUAUUGUUUUUUGUUUUCACUUUCGUUUAAAUGUCAAAAAAAUAACAAAACAAAAAAUGUUACUAAUAUUUUUUUUGCUAAAGGUCAAAUAUGUGUUAUUUAGCAAUGUCUCAGUAUGUUCCAUAUUCUCCUCUUGGCAGUUUUUAGAUUAUAUUCUUACAUUUCUAUCCUGAAUAAAACCAAAAUAUUAUCUAUGA